AUGACGAACAGUAUCAACAGAAAUUUCAUCAUUAAAUUUGUAACAUUUAUUUUCUUUACUUGGACAUAUCAGAAAUAUGACAAUGAAGUUUCAUUUAGCGAGGGCUUGAAGAAUAUCUAUAAUGGCGGCAAGGAUUCCUCGUAUACUGCAGAAUAUAGGUUAUUAUCAGAACAAGAUUUAAAAACGGAAUUAUAUGACAAUGAAUUGGAGGAGUAUUUAUUAAAUGACAGAGAUGAUGGAAUGUUCCAAUUUGAUAGUAAUGAUUCGUUAUUAUAUGAUGAGUUUCCAGAAAGUUGCUCAAAUGAUUUGACAAUUUAUAAAAGACACUGUACGCGUAAAUGUCCCAGAAGGACAGGUUUAAGAAGAUUGUACUCUCAUUGUAAAAGGAAAAUAUGCGAUGAGAUUUAUAGAAUAGGUGAAGAUGAAAUAGGUACUCGUAGUUAUAACAUAAAAUUAAAAGAAAGUAUAAUUAGAAAAUUUCGUAAACGGAAUAUUGUAAUAUGCUCAUUUCUAUUGAUUGCGAUAUUAUCAAUUUCGUAUAAAAAUGUGAACAACCUAACCAUAUUUACACAGACGCAAUUUCUAUAUGGUAUUCUUCUUAUAAUAUUAACAUGUACAAUUUUACUACCGAUCAUUUACACUAUAACGAAAGUUGUGAAGCAUCAUAGAUUAAAAGCAGGAAGGAGUACAUUAAGUCCCGGACAGUGCUGUAUUUCCUAUAAAGAUACUUUUCCACCUAAGCGGUAUUCAGGAUGGAGUUUAGGUUUAGGAUGGGGAUCAGGUUUAGGGUUCAGGCCUUAG